UAGUCUUAACUCCCUAUAAAUAGAAGCAUAAAUACAAUCAAAAUCAUCCACAGCCUUUGCCUCCAUAGACAUUUCUUUCAAUUAGGUCAUGGCUUUUCGUUUGAGUCAUUUGAGCCUUGCCCUGAGCCUUUUGGCUCUUGCACUUGCAGGUGUUGCCAUUUAUAGGAACACUUAUGAAGCCAUGAGUAAGGGAUUCCAAACACUUUCUCCAGAGUUAGAUCUGCUGGAGUCAGCAGCCAGCAUUUUAACCCUAAAUAAUAAUAAUGCUGAGCAAAAUUCAGACAGCAAGUUAACUCAACCAUUAUCUCCAUCGGCAUGCAUCUUCUCGGCUGUUCGAGGAGUUGUGAACAGUGCAAUUGAUAGAGAAAGGCGCAUGGGAGCUUCUCUCAUUCGUCUCCACUUCCAUGACUGCUUUGUUGAUGGUUGCGAUGGAGGAGUUCUUCUAGACGAUAUUCCCGGAUCAUUCCAAGGGGAAAAGACCUCACCACCCAACAACAACUCAGC